UGUUAGGAAGCAACACCAUGUGAAGUCAAGUUAUUACGAGCAAGAUUGAACGGAUAAAAGCCGACAUGCUUGACAGAAUGAUCUUUAAAUAGUUAGUCCCUAUAAUAAUAGCCGUAUUCCGUCUGUCUGUCUGUCUGUUACGGAAACACGAAAUGCAAUAUAUAAAGGCCUGGCGAUCCCGUGGAUUUUUUCACGGGUUGACGAUUAGUGUCUAUAAUAAUGGCCGUUGUUUGUUUGUUUGUCUGUCUGCUACGGAAACACGAAAUGCAAUAUAUAAAGGACUAGCGAUCCGGUGGAUUUUCUACGAGUUGACGACCAUUCAUUAAAUAUUAUUAUAAACUUGUUUACAGGCUAUCAUUCGUAUACCAUAAUGACAUACACUGGUGACUGCGCAUUUGCUGGAACUAAUGCAAAAAUAUAUGUUACAUUGUGUGGUAGAGAAAGAGAGAGUGAAGAAUUCUAUUUGAAGAAAUCGGUGGAACGUGAUAAUCCGUUUGAAAGAGAAAAUCGAGACACUUUCAAGUUUCGAUCCCAGAAUCUUGGUCGUCUCUACAAAUUGAAAAUACGACAUGAAGAUAGGGGCAUAUGGGUAGGAUGGUAUUUAAAAAAGGUUCGUAUCUUCUGACUCAUUAUAAAUAUUUAUAAUAUUUAAUAUCCAAAUGUUUUAAUACAAUAAUAGUCUUAUAAAAACUUUUAUGAUUAGGAGGCACACUCCUUUCCUCACAAUAUCUGUGAAACAUUCUUGACAAAGUAGUUAGCGACAGAUGUAUAUUUCGAGUAAUUUUUACAAACAGAUUGUCGUCGUUCAUGAGGAGACUAACAUGACGUACGAAUUUCGUUGCGAUAAUUGGCUUUUUAAGGAUUCCAGCUCUUCAUUGGAAUAUGUACUGGAAGCGAGUUAGAGAGCAUAAAG